GGCAGGUGACGUAUGUUCUAGAUGUUGACCAGGGGAUCAGUUUCCGAUGUUCUAGAUAUUUUUGACGUGAAAUUUUGAAUUCUACACUAAAAAAUCUAUUUUGAUACGAGUUGCGAUUUUUCUUUCAUAUUUCUCCAAAGGACCCUGAGCGAUUUCUAUAAGCUUUGUGUUGCUUGCGACAUGAAAUAUUAUUUUCAUUUGAUAUAGGACCUUUGCCAUUGUAUCAGAUUAUUCUAGAAAUAUAACUGUAAUUUUAUCACAUUUUUAUUUCAAGGUGAUAUCAGUUUAUUUUUGUUUGCGGGUGUACUAAAAGCGUACGCACGGUAACGAAAAUAAAGAACAUCUAAAAUAAAAUAUCUCGCGCCGAAAACUGUGAGUGACACUUGCAAAUUUGACAAUGACAAACAGGACAGCGCCCUCUAAAGCACACAUAUCAGUAUCUUUGGCCUGAUUUGUAUAGCCUGUUCAUGUACUUUGUUCGGGUCUUUUCACUCAUAUCUCACAUUGCUUUAACGUAGUUGUACUUAAUGACAGACAGUUUAGCUAUGAAGUUUCUCGUCGCUGUAGCGUUGUUCGCCGUGGUGUAUGCUGAUGUAAAAAAUGUUCGCCAGAAGUUUAAGGGAGCAGCCAUAACGGCGAUUAAUGAUCAAAUCACACGAGAGUUACAAGCCAGUUAUUUCUACCAAGCAUACGCCCAGUACUUUGCCAGGUCUGAUGUGGCGCUGCCUGGUUUCGCCAAAUUUUUCUCCGAGGCUUCGAAAGAGGAACGGAACCAUGCCGAAAAAUUGAUGGAAUACGUCAACAAAAGGGGCGGGGACAUUCAGCUGAAAGAACUGAAGUUGCAAGAUGUUUGCAAUCUCGUCACCAAAGGCUUGGAAGACGCCACUUUUAGUUUCACGAAAACCAAGUCCUGCAUUUGUAACUUCAUCACCGCCAACAAUGCUGUAACGUCCAGUUUGGAAUGUGACAAUUCCGUGAGAGACGAUUGGUUCAAUGGACUGAUGGCUCUAGAGGAUACCUUGGUGCUGGAGAGAGCUGUUAAUGAUUUCCUUUUAAAACUGCACCAGGCCCAUGACGAUGACGCACACUUGUCGCAUGUCCUUGAACAUGAGUAUUUGGAUGAACAAGUGAAUGCCAUUAAAGAAUUAGGUGAUAAAAUCAGUCAGCUGAAGAGAGCGGGCAAGGGGCUGGGAGAGUACUUGUUUGAUCAGAAAAUGUAGAGGACGGUGAUUCCUAAAGUGAUAUUUAUUAGAAAUACUAUUGUACUAAAUGGAUUCUAAUGCAAUAAAGUGAUUUAAUUAUUGUCAUAA